CAGUCGGUGUGUGCAUCAUGUCUAUGUUGCUCGCUUUCAGAGCAUUCGGCUAGCAGCUAAUGCUUUUUUUGUCGACAUUAUUAUUUGUUCCGUCAAACUUCUCAGAAUGUCGCUUCGGUGCAAGAUUUCACGUAUACCGUCGAAAGUGUGAUUCCUCACACCUUCACAUGGAGAUGCUGGCUGGAAACCCCACUUCAGCUUUGUGGAGAUGACCUGCCACCCAUUUGGGAAUGGUCAGAAUGGGGCCAGAUGUGCCCCUUCUCAAUGAAUACAAGCAGGAGUUCUUCUGGAAGCGCUUCCCCCAGACAGUGUUGGGGGGUCCACGCUUCAAGUUGGGCUACUGUGCUCCGCCAUACGUCUACGUCAAUCAGGCCGUCCUCUUCUUGACACCAUGGCUCUUCGGCGGCGUGGGGACACUCCUCUGCCAGUUGCAGCUGCUUCAGGCGCUCCAUGCUGCACUGCUGUCCGGCGUGCUGAUGUUUGGGGCGGCAGCAGGCGUCCAAGCUGUUGCCUUGUAUGCCGGACGACGGAGCGGCACAGUGGAGAGGCUUGGUGCGCCCAACAUCCUAGUUGAUGAAGAGGAAGUGGAAUUCACUCACUGCGUCAGCCCAGAGACAGUCCGAUUCAUUGCCCCCGGGAAGAGAUUUGGGCUGAAUGUGGUGUUGCAUACGGUACUGGCAGGGCUGCUUUGUGGUUUUGGGACGUGGUACGUGCUCCUUGGCAGACUGACCGCUCUCUAUGGCAGCAUAGGUGUGUCCUUGGUAGUUUUUGUUCUCAGUUGGGUGACUCUGUGUAUAGCAGAGUAUUCCCUUGUUGUAAAUACAGCCACAGAGACUGCUACUUUCCAGGCACAAGACACUUAUGAGAUUACCCCACUCACCCGACCCCUCUACGUUUUCAUCUUCAUUGUUGUGGACUUGACAGACAGGUUCUCAGGUCCAGUUCCUGAGCUCCAGCUUGCCAGCCAAAUUCUUCAUGUGAUUUUCCUCUUCCUACCUCUGCUGUGGGCACUGGGAAUACUACCUCCUCUGGACGCCUUGUUUCUGUGGGGCAUGGAGCAGGUGCUUGUGUUCGGAUUAGGCGGCUCUCCCAUGUCCACCAACCUAAGGCUGCUGUUGAUGUUUGCCGUGUCUGCUUGUGUCACUGUGUGCAAUUACUUCAUCCCAUCAACACUGGGAGUUGUCCUCUUCUCCACGGCGACGGGAUUCCUGCUGAGCUUGGACCUCAGCCAGGUUGGCACACUCUGCCAUGGUUCCAGGACCGAGUGUAAUGACUGUGGGUUACGCAGAGCGGGGUCUCCACCACCUCCUCUUUCCAACACCUUUGGUUGGAAUCUCGGCUGCAUGGAGGUGUUGUUAUAUCUGAGCCUGCUACUGGCAGCGCUGGCUGAAGCAGGCCUGUUGCAUCAUUUCCACGCUUCAGCUCAGUCCCAGAGUUUGCUUAAGGGACCCCAGGCUCCUGUCAGCUACCUCCUCCUGCUCCUCUUCUCCUUCUGCUGGGUUCUCCGAGAGAUCCAGGGGGCCUACAUAUUCGGUGGGUUAUUCCUCAAUCCGCUAUACCCGAAAGGCAUGUCCAGUGUGCAGACUUUGAAGCAGAGGAACAGAGGAUUAUUUAUUGCUGCAGCCAUCAGAAGAGUCCUUCUUUACCUUGUGUCUCCAUUUGCAUUGAUUGCUUUCCUGUCUAUGGAUGAAUCUUUGCAGCAGCUCAACGGGGUUCCUCUCAGUGUGGGGUUCACACGAGCCUUCAGAGUGGCAUGGCAGAGCUCAGAAGAUGCUUUACUACAAAUGGUUGUGAUCAUCAUUGUGCGUCUCGCAGCUGGAAACAACACACUGCCUGGGUGGGACAAGCUGGGCACAGGAGUUCAGCUUCUCCUGGUUGGCCUACUGAUGGAUAGACUGACCCAGUUUCUGGCCAAGUUAAAGUUCACCCUCACUGUGUUGGUGACGUCUUGGACCGAGAAGAAGCAGCGCCGGCAGUCAGCUGGAACUCUCCUGGCUCUGAACGCCUCCCUCUGCCCGCUGCUGUUGGCCGUGGUGACCCUAUCUGCCCUGCUCUCUGCACCCCUGCUGCCCCUCUUCACCCUGCCCGUCUUUCUGGUCGGGUUCCCCAGGCCUCAGCGCAGUUGGCCAGGACCUGUAGGUACUGCCUGUCCUUGCCCAGACUCCAUCUUCUACCAGCAAAUGAGCGGGAGUCUGGCUUCUGCCCUCAGGACGGCCUUUGCAAGAGGGUCUCUUGGUUCUUUAGCUCCUGGUUCUCACUUUCUUGGGCGAUUCCAAGACCGCAUGGUUUGGAUCAUGAUUCUGGAGAGGGGAUAUGGCUACUGCACUGUCAACAUUAAGGGUUUGGAGCUACAGGAAACAUCUUGCCACACUGUAGAAGCACGGCGUGUGGAUGAGGUUUUCGAGGCUGCUUUCGAGCACCCAGAGCGGCUUGGUUUGACACAGGGUUUUAACCUACACUGGGCAAACGCUCUCACACCUUGUGCAGCACUGGCUGUCCGGGUCUACUCGGAUGCCCGGAAUGUCCUCUCGGGCAUCAUAGACUCUCACGACAACUUGAGGAAGCUUCAGGACGACUUUCUGAAAGCCCUGGUAUGGUUGCUUCUGCGGUAUUGCGUUAAGAAGCAUAAAGGGUCUCUGUGGAGCUGUGACGAGGCAACUGGAAUCGGAGGCAGAAAGUCACAGUCCUCCCAGCGAGUGCAGACUACAUGCAACCAGCUGCCUGAUGCCAUCGUGGUAGAGUCCAAAGUGUCUUCCCUCAGGUUCAGACAGGACAGCUCCAGCUUGACAUCCUUUGGUGAUUGGUCAGAUGAGGAUGAUCUAUUUGGACCUCAACCAACCAGGCGGACAGUGGCCUUAGUGACGGCAGAGGCACAAUCUGGACACACGGUGCUGCAGACAGGAGCGUCUCUUCCAGGAUCUGUAGAGAUGGACGGUCUUUUCGAAAAUAUGGCCCUCUCUGCCCUGCAGCCUUUACAGCCUCUAGGACUUGGUGUCGGAAUGCCAGUGGUUGAUAAAGGUCGCAACCCAGAGGUUUUCAAAGAGAGUCCUGGCUCUCUCCGACAGCUCAACUUCAGCUGCCCCCAGUCAGAGGUGUUCAACCUGCCGACAGGAUGGAGGACGGCACCGUUGCUGCCGAGUCGGCUGCUGCAGCUCAGGCCUUUAUUCCCAGAGGACUGGUUCAGGUUUGCCUUGAGCCAGUUUGGGCCCGUUGUGCAGAACGAGACCUCAGAGGACAUGACAAAAGCUCUGAAGGAAGACGAAACCUUGAAAGACCUUCACGCUCAGGUUGCAAUUUCAUGUCUGGUGUCACUUGGCGCAGAGUCCGUCUUCACCAGUCCCAGUUACAUCUAUAGGCUCUACUGUGGAGAUGUGCCAUGGACAGAGGGACUCGAGUGGCUCUCCUCCAGUAAAGAACUGUAUCAGCUCGCACUUAGGGCUUUCAGGUUUAGCUUCAAGCUGCUGUUUGAUCAAGCAAGCCUUGGGCCCAUGGAGUCUCCUGAGGAGAUGUUCAGUGCCUUGGAGGAAUAUGAGAAGGACUGGUACAUAGGAUUGGUGUCCGAGAAAGGCUGGCAUGACAGUGUCCUUCAGGAGAAGCCGUUCCUCUUUUCUUUAGGACAUGACCUCUCUAUGGGUACCUACACAGGGCGAGUCCUGUCCUUGCAGGAACAGCUGGUGCAGGUGGGUCGACUGAAUGGCGAGGGGGUGCGAGGCCAGUGGGCAAACCUGUCUUGGGAGCUCCUAUAUGCCACCAAUGACGAUGAGGAGCGCUACAGCAUCCAGGCUCACCCCUUUAUGUUAAGGAACCUAACUGUCCAGGCAGCAGAUCCACCUCUGGGGUACCCCAUUUACUCUUCUGCGCCCCUUCACUUCCCCUGCCUCUGACUGCAGAGGGAAUCGCACUUUUCACUUCACAGGGUUUCGUGUUUUUAAGAAACCUGUGAGAAACUUAAAGCAAAACUGCAAAACUUUUUCAUUUUGCCCAUCAUCCCCAAUGCUUAUGUGAGACAUGAACACGUCUCUUUUUGUGCGUUCUAAAUAGGGAUGUCCGAUAAUAUUGGCCACUGAUAAUUAUUGGCCCGAUAUUGGCAUUAAAAUGUGAUAUCGGCCAACAUCGAUAUCAUUUUUUUCCACUACAAUGAAAGCCAAUAUAGAGCUUUUAGCAACAACGUCACAGAAUGGCAACAUUCCUGAAUGCCUGUAAGUAAGAAGUAACUCUUUAUUUAGCAAGCAGAGUAACAGAGCUCACAACGAACUUACCAGCUCCUUAGAAAUCGCGGGGGGUUACCAGUCCACAUCCCGUUCUUACUCAUGGUGUCUUUAAAGAAAGAGCUAAAAACAACAUCACACAGCAACGUAAUAGGUAGAUAACAACAGACAAGACACUACUAACGAAUAAUGCUGACUAAUCAACAACUAUGUGAACUCGAAACAUGUAACUUAGCAGUUACUUUCAUAAAGCGCCCUUCUACAAAGAAAUGUAAGUUAAUGCUUCUUGUUUAUACAUUCACACACGCACUAAUAUACUUAGAAAACAGGUAGGCACCAAAAACAAUGUAUUUGAUCUUCUCAGAUGGCUAAGAUAAGAACUUUAUUGAUCCCACACAGUAGUAAUUCACAUGACAUCAGCUUUAGAGCACAAAGUAGUGCCGAAAAAACAUACACAGUGUAGUUUUAAUGCAAUAAAAUAAAAACAUGAAAAUAAUAAUCAGCAAAUUCAUGUAUUUGAUACUACCCCAUUAACUAAAUAUAAAUUAAAUCUUUCCAAAAAUAACAUAAGUCAAGGCACAAGAAACACAAAUGUAUGCUUAUAUAAAAUAUACAUGAAAAAUACAUUAUACUCAGAGAUGGGUGGAGUAGCCAACAAACAACUGUACUCAUUUAAGAGUAUUGUUACUUUAGAACAAUGUUACUCAAGAACAAGAUAUGUGAUGUUACACAUAUCGGUAUCGGUUGAUAUCGGAAUUGGAAAUUGAGAGUUGGACAAUAUCGUCAAAAAAGCCAAUAUUGGACAUCCCUGGUCUAAAGAUAUCAAAACAGCAAAAAAAGAUGCAGCUAAGAAUGCAUGUAAUGGGAAUCACCUACUAUUCCUAUAAAAGCCUUCUUAAAAAAAAACAAAAACUAAAAAGCGCCAAAACGCUACAUUUACGUGUUAUGUGGCGUGCAUAUUAACCAAGCUACGACGACAUUGUUGUUAUUAUCAUUAACGUUGUUACGCUGAAGAGCUACUUUAUUGGCACAUAGAAGCUGACAUAUAGCGACUAGCUUCACCCCACGCUCACAAUGCCUCAGGCCACUACCGAAAGGUAACGCUACAUAUUGGAGCUGGCGCUACUGUUGCUGUGUUUUUGUUUUUGGAAGUUAAUGCUAGGUGUAGGCGUUCAUUUCUAUGUUGCUAUAUGAAAUCAAUGAGGCCAGGAAGGUAGUAUAGGGAAGUAUUGGUAAUACCUAAAAAGGACCAAAAUACAGCAAAAUACUGUAAGUAUUACAUUUUACAAUGGAUGUGCCCGUUACUACAUGGUUACAGCAUGGAUAUAAAACCAUAAAACCAUGGUGGAUGUUUUUGGAGGUGUUUUAAAAGCGGUCUUUGUAGGCGGCACAGGUGUGUCCCAUUAUGUGCGGUUAUGGGCUGCCUGUAUUACCUGUUUUUAGAAUGCCCAGAAGACAGAACUGUGUGUUCAUGUCUUACAAAGAUUGUGGAUGAUGCCAAAAAAUAAAGGAAAACUGCACUUUUUUUUUUUUUUUAAGACCGUAGGGAUCUUUUCGGUGGAAUAUUGGAACAUUUUUUGUUUUUAAUAAUUGGAGUUAUCAUGGUGCUUUAGUACGUACAACAGAGGAAGGAGCAAAAAUACAAUCAAGCUACAAGAUUCCCAUUUUAAGUGGGAACAUGAACAGUCAUAUCUUAGUUCAUUGGGGAAUACAUUCAACAGAAGCACAUUGAGUGUUGGGUUUUUUUUGCUAUAAACAUGCUCACCUGCCAUUUGAGGUCAGACUUGGCGAAUACCUAUGUUUUUAAUGGCCACAGUGUUUUUUAUUAUGCCCCUCCCAGUCUGCUAAAAAAGGGACACAAAAUGCAUUUACUUAGUUAAGAUAUCAAGGAUGUGCCUUGGGUAUGUAUCGUUGUAAGCGUUUAGUGCUAUUGUUUUGUUUACACUUCACUUGUUUACAACUUGAAAAUAAUACUUCAACAAAUGUGACCAUAGUCUUGUACAUAUGGUUCAUUUUUAUAUGUCUACCUGUAUAUACUUAGAAUAAAAUAGCUUGUAAGAAGAUGGCUUGGUUUACAUUUCACCUAACAGGCUGUGUGCUUUUUAAAGGUCACCUGUUGUACAAAAUUGACUUUUUAAUGACGUUAUAAUGGUAAUGUGUGUUUGAGAAACAAAUAUGAGCAAAAUCUAUCAUCUCCCUCAUUUGUUUGCUCCACUUUGGAAAGGAGAGGCCCGCAAACCGUCUGUUUUGAAUUUCUGGGUUUCCAUGACAUCAAAUGAAAUCCACCUUUGACCCGCCCCAGUGUAUAUGCGCACUAUUUCACAGAGGACAAAGGAAUAAAAAAGGGGAGGAAAAAAUGGCUUCACUGCACAUCUUAAAAUAAAACCUGGAGCUCUACCAGCUAUCCGUCAGUCAGGUACAGACAUGGGAGCUGUAAAUUUGAUCAGUUUUUCUUCAGCGAAUAGGCUAACCUAGCAUGAUGUUGCUGUUAAAAUGUGACUGUAAUGUUAUCACUUUAGCUCACAUAACUAUGCUAGUGUACAUUUGUGUCCUCCUGUCCCACUCCUUAAAGGGACUAUACGCAACUCGCUCCAAAUAGGCUGUACAUCCAGCUAACAUUAGCAGCCACGUGGCUAUUAUUUGCUUUCGGCAAACAUAACUAAUGCGUUACGGUUUACAUAAAGCAGGAAGAGAAGGGAUUUUUCAAAUGUUUGCACCCUCUCGGCAGCUGGAAGAGCUUACUGCAUAUAGUCCUUUUAAUGUUAUGUUGUUGUAUAUGAUAGGACAUCUAUUAUGUUGGAUAAGUGCAGUGUUAGUUAGCGGUCUCCACGAUGUUGAUAAAAUAUUUCAUCGGCCUGCAUUAAAAUCUCCAAAAUUGGCACUCCGUUACAAGAACUUGAUUCCAGCAGCGGCCAAAGAAAGCCCUCGUGAUCCCAACAACAGUGUGUGCUAAUGUGUUCAGCAAGGAGUAGGAGUGAUGUCGGCCAUGUUGCAUAAUAUUUGGUUAAAGUCCGAAAACG